AUGAACUGGACUUCUCUUAUACUUGGCAAAGCCGCAUACGUCCUCAAAGAUUAUAUUACCGGCACUAUCUGCUUUAAAAAAAAUCUAUCAUCAUUGGAAGCUCUGGUGGUUCGCGAUGGUCAUGAGCAUGUCUUGUUAACCCGAGACGUUGUACCUGGAGGAGAAUCUGUGGCAGCCGAUGCACGCAUAAUUUAUGUGACGAGUGGUUUAGAAAGAGUCGAAGCUUUGUUGACGGGGGAAUCAAUGCCUGUGCAAAAACGUGUUGCUGUUCUGGAUGACCCAGAGCUACCUAGUGGUGAUCGAACGAAUAUGGUUUACAGUUCGACAAUUGUACCCAAGGGUCGCGGACGUGCUAUUGUCACAGCAAUCAUCAUGGGAACCGAUAUCGGCAAGGUGGCUGCUCAACUAAAUGAGAAAAGCAAUCAAGGCCACCGCACAAAACUACUGAAAAGUCUCAACAGACUGUACUCUUCCUUCCUGGUCUUAGCUGCAGCCUUUGCCCUUAUCAUCCUCGCCACUGUGAAGUUUCAAAACAUCGGCUACGGAAUUGGCAUGUAUUCGCUGACGGCUGCACUUUAUGUACUACCGGCAGGCCUAACGACAAUAAUCGCAGUAAUGUUGGUGAUGGGUGGCAAAGAAAUGACGCAGCAAAAAGCCCUUGUUCGACGGCUCAAAUGUCUCGAGACGCUUAUCAAUCAUCUGACAGCUUCAUCGUCAGGAGGCCCCGAGUGCUAUGACAAAGUAGACAAGACAGCUGCUGUAUCAGAGUGCAUGCGUGAUUUGAUACGUUGUGCGGCCCUAUGCAACGGCUCAAGUAUCCGACAGAACACAGCCGUAUCUCAUAAGGAGGACCUGAGCAAUAUCUGUGAGCAAGACAUACCUGAGGACGCAGUUAGAUGUGUGGCAACAGGUGCGCCAACCGAAGUUGCAUUACAGACAGUCUUAUUUAGUAAAGGUGCUGCUGAGAGUAUCCUACCUCUGUGCGACAAUGUCCAGGAUCCUGACAGCGUCAUGGAAAGAGUGAACCAGCUAGCAUCCCGCGGAUUGCGUGUUAUUAUGCUAGCAAAACGCACCAUUGACCAUACUACAGUAUUCGCAGCACCCGACGACGAUAUUGGUCACAGCGACUAUAUCGUGGAGAAUGACGAAAAACGGCGCAAGCAUUAUAAACGAGAGGACGUCGAGUGUCACUGGGAGUAUUUGGGUAUCGUAGGAAUUUACGAUCCACCCCGAGCCGAAUCACGCGAUUCCGUAGCAGCCGUAGCAGCCGCUCAUCGUGCUAGUACUGUAGUACACAUGUUGACUGGCGAUCAUCAUAUUACAACAACAGCGAUUGUCAAGGAGACCAAUACAUUAACUGAUAAGUUGCUUAAAACGGAAAACAUGGAACAACUCGUCAAGACGGGCCCUCAAUUUGACGCGAUGACAGAGGAGCAAGUCGAUGCGCUUCCAUCUCUGCCUCUUGUUGUGGCACGUUGCUCUCCCGAAACCAAGGUCAAGAUGAUCCAAGCUUCUCAGCGACGUCGACUGGUUUCCGCCAUGACAGGCGAUGGUGUCAACGACUCGCCAUCACUCCGAAUAGCUGACGUGGGUGUUGCCAUGGGAAAAACGCAAGCAUCCGACGUUGUCCUAACGGACGACAACUUUGCAACUAUCAUCAGAGCGAUAGCGGAGGGUCGACGGAUCUAUCAAAUCAUACAGUUAUUCCUAAAGUACUACUACAUUGUGCUUUUCGGAAUUGGGUUACUGCCAUUAAUAUCGCUUGCCGUCCAUGACCCAUCCGGCCGAAGCGUAGCACCUUUUUCGACUCUCCAGAUGGUAUACUAUUUCUUUGACACAUUUGUCUACUCUGCGGUUUUCGUCCUCUUUUUCAUGGUAAUAUACAUUCUGUUACUCGGUGGUUUUACGGUGGACCGUGCCGACUGCUAUUUGAAUUAUCAACCUGACCUAUGCAACCCACAUUACCGAGCUCGAGCCACAUUGUUUGUCUUUCACAGCUUUGUAUCGGUAGUCGUAAUGACGCAUUGUCGAAGCUACAGAGAGCCUGAAUGGAAUUGGAAAGGUAUCAAGGCAACAUUCACGUCACGAACUGUUCUUGGAUCGCUACUAGUGUACACGAUAUGCUCAGCUACGUUUAUCAAUGAAUCUGUCAUUGCGAUCAACAGAUUCCGAUUUACGCGUAUCACCUGGGAAUGGGGACUUGCAUUUGGCUUCGUCGUGGUAUACAUCUUUAUUGGGGAGCUUUACAAGUGCACCCAACGAAAAUGGAUAGGACGAUGGCUCACUCGUGUACAUUCACCUGAUGCCCUUCUAUUGUCGUCGUAA